AUGAAGCAGAAAAGUGAUGGUGUGGAUCGAAACGAUGUCUUGCAGCAAACCACGGAGAAUGAGGCCGACAAAUGGCGAAAACGAAUGCGAGACGACAUCGAAGGAGAGCUUCUGAACCCUGAAGAGUAUGGACGACACUUUGAAGGCGAUAUUAUUCUGUUUCCCGAACAAGCCAAACAGAUCUACGAGAACGCCCUGAAGACAGGCCAACGACGGGUGAAGCGAAAGUUUAUCGGAUCGGAUCUGCGUCGCUGGGAUCCCACGCGGCCCAUCGUUUACAGUUUCGACGGCAUCCCGGGAACAGCGAAUCAUCGAGCUCGCCUUGGAGCACUGGCACAACAUCACAUGCCUCAACUUUGUCCGCAACGACAACGCCAACAGUGGAAAUCGCAUCGGUCAGUUUUGAGACUGAUUUUGUUAUGCUGUGAACGAUUCUUCUGUAGGGAGACAUUGCGCCUGGCGAUUCCGAGUCAAACGUUAUUCUUAGUGUUCACGGAUGUCGACGGAUGUGCGAGCAACGUUGGAAGGCAUCCCCUCGGCGAGGAGCAGCUCGUAUCGCUAGCGCCGGAGUGCAUUCGGCAUCCCGGGAACAGCGAAUCAUCGAGCUCGCCUUGGAGCACUGGCACAACAUCACAUGCCUCAACUUUGUCCGCAACGACAACGCCAACAGUGGAAAUCGCAUCGGACUCAAAAGGACAAUUUCUCAAGGAGGAUCCUGACGAUGUCGACAAUGCUGGCGUGCCUUACGAUUACGGCAGCAUCAUGCAUUACAGGAGUAAAGCCUUCUCCCGUUAUGACGACCUCUACACCAUCAGCACAUUCGUCACCGACUACCAAAAAACCAUCGGACAACGCGACCAAUUGUCAUUCAACGAUAUCCGGCUGAUGAAUAAGAUUUACUGUAGCAAUUUGGAUAUUCCCGCAGUUGCAGGUGUGAUCGAUGUCGCUGCCCAGACGGGUUUACCGGUCAAUUUUGUGAGCAAGUGA